AUGACCAAGGUAAGGCCCUACUUCAUCCGUCCUUCUUACUCUACGCGCCGCAUUUCAUCUCUUGCAUCCUUCGACGAAAAGUCGUAUGCAGGCCGUGGCAAGAAGAUGCUGGACGAGAACCUUCCCACGUUCUACUUGCGAUCAUCGAAUGACGGUAUUAAGCACAAUGCCUCAGUGCUCCUUUCACAUUACGGCUCAGAUGCCUUGCCGGAAUACUCUCUCCGUCAUCCAGACCCUUCUUUGCCAGGCUCAAAGAACCGAUAUGCCGUAGCCAUAUACGACAGCUAUAACCCAGAUAUCCUCUUUGGCGAAGUGCUCCUCAUACCAGAAUGGACCCAGCCAAAUCCCUCCCAGGAGCAGAUACGCCUGAACGGCGGUCUUCCCCCACCGCCUCAGCCAGUGCUGCCUACAGAAUUCACGGUCCAGCUAUACAACCCGGAUCAGCAGAUAGUCACCAAAUGGCAUGCUGGAGGUUGGGGCUCCACAGGCUACUGGGAGUUCGAGAUGCCCCAGCAAAGCUUCCGAAAGCCCUCAACAUCCGCCCUGGACCGCACACAAAAUGAUCCCACCGCCUCUGAAACAACGCCGAAGCUUGGCUUCAAAUGGAAGAAAGAUGGCAAGUUGUCAAAAGAUUACGUCUGCACUCUAUCCGGCAAAUCCACAAACCCAGACGGCAGCAAGCGUCGGAAUAGAGAACCAGACAUCACCAUCGCCCUCUUCCGCCACUUCAAAGAAAUCACCAUCUACGAACCCAACCUCUCGCGCGUCGAGAUGGAAGAUCUAAAAGGUCUAGAAGUAGUCCUAUUACUCGGCGCGAUCGUCAUCCGUGAAGUCUUCAGCAGCACUAUCCGCGAAGCCUUCAAUAUCACCGAAACCCCAUCCAGACGCUCCAGCGCCGAACACAACUCCACCGCUGCCUCUCUUAGCCACCCAUCUAACCCGAAUCUCCCACCCCGACGACACCGCCACUCCUCCCUACCCUCUGACUCCGCUCCUCCAAACCCCGGUUCCGCCCGCCCACCACCCACCGACCCCCGCUCCCAAUGGGAGCUCGACCUCGAAACCGCCCGGCUGCGCAAAGCAGUCGAAGCCGAACAGCGGGAACGCCGACGUACCGAGCAGGCUGAAACGAAACGCGUGAAGCGGAUGUUGGAAGAGGAAGAGCGAAAAGCACGGGAGAAGCAGAAGGAAAUCGAUCGAGAGACCGAACGCCUCAAGAGAGUCUACGGGAGGGAACAGAAGCAAAGUCUGCAACAGCUAGGCCAGAGACCAACGCCUCAGCCCCCACCGCGACCGCAACCUCAACAACAUCUCGCGGUGACGUCCUACCCUCCCGCACCGCUGCAACGACCGCACAGUGCAUCAACCCCUUACGCCUCAAGUCCUUACGUAGCUUCGAAUCUCCGCCCACCUCCAUCUUCUCCGGGACCGUAUCCGCAUCCACCGGAUAUAGCAUCCGCGAGCGGGUACAUAGGCCCCUCGGCCAGCUCGAGCACUUUCUUUGCUAAUCCGGGAGGAGGGGCGAGCGGUAGACCGGCCGUGGUGCCGAAGAGGAGUUUUUGGGGUCUGAGAGGGGGCGGAGCGGGUGGGGACGGGGGGAGGGUGACGAAGCAGAGGAGUACUGUGUUCUGA